CUCCCAGAGCCCUGUGUUCCUUAGAAACCAGGCGGCGUGUUCCCGGUGUCAGCGCGCAAAAAAUCUGGUCCCCGCGCAUCCCCACCAGCCUCUUUCAAGACGGGCGGGUGGCGUCUGAGACCUGUCCGGACCCAUGGUCUCCAGUGCGGCGCUGGACGGGCGAUGCCAGCGUGCCAGGAGCCAUGUUUGACCAGGACUUUGGGAAGGUCAGCUCCAUGCCGGAGGCCCUUGUGAAGCGAUGAGUUGGUGAGCUGAGGCCAGGAUGAAGAUGCUGCCAGGUGUGGGUGUAUUUGGUACUGGCAGCUCGGCCCGGGUCUUGGUCCCACUGCUGAGGGCAGAAGGAUUCACAGUGGAGGCCCUGUGGGGGAAGACGGAGGAGGAGGCAAAGCAGCUGGCUGAGGAGAUGAACAUCACCUUCUACACCAGCCGGACUGAUGAUGUCUUACUGCAUCAAGAUGUAGACCUGGUGUGCAUCAACAUCCCCCCUCCGCUCACCCGCCAGAUAUCUGUGAAGGCUCUAGGCAUCGGGAAGAAUGUGGUCUGUGAGAAGGCCGCGACGUCGGUGGAUGCAUUCCGGAUGGUGACAGCCUCGCGAUACUACCCGCAGCUCAUGAGCCUGGUGGGGAACGUGCUGCGCUUCCUGCCCGCCUUUGUGCGGAUGAAGCAGCUGAUCGCAGAGCACUAUGUGGGCGCAGUGAUGAUCUGUGAUGCCCGCAUCUACUCGGGCAGCCUGCUCAGCCCCAGCUACGGCUGGAUCUGCGAUGAGCUCAUGGGCGGCGGGGGCCUGCACACCAUGGGCACCUACAUCGUGGAUCUGCUGACCCACCUGACUGGCCGGAGAGCUGAGAAGGUGCACGGGCUUCUCAAGACCUUCGUGCGGCAGAAUGCUGCCAUCCGGGGCAUCCGGCAUGUCACCAGCGAUGACUUCUGCUUUUUCCAGAUGCUCAUGGGUGGGGGUGUGUGCAGCACAGUGACACUUAACUUCAACAUGCCGGGUGCCUUUGUGCAUGAGGUCAUGGUGGUGGGCUCUGCAGGGCGCCUUGUGGCCCGGGGAGCUGACCUCUAUGGGCAGAAGAACUCUGCCACACAGGAGGAGCUACUAGUGAGGGACUCGCUGGCCGUGGGUGCCGGGCUGCCUGAGCAGGGCCCCGAGGACGUCCCGCUGCUCUACCUGAAAGGCAUGGUCUACAUGGUGCAGGCCUUGCGUCAAUCCUUCCAGGGCCAGGGCGACCGCCGCACCUGGGACCACACCCCUGUGUCCAUGGCCGCCUCCUUCGAGGAUGGGCUGUACAUGCAGAGCGUGGUGGAUGCGAUCAAAAGGUCAAGUCGAUCUGGGGAAUGGGAGACUGUAGAGGUGCUGACGGAGGAGCCCGAUGCCAACCAGAACCUGUGUGAGGCGCUUCAGCGGAACAACCUGUGAGCCCGAACACAUGGGCUCCCUGCCUGCCCCCAGGGCACAGGGACCAUCAGGGGUCAGGAGCUGGGAUGGGGGGUGUGAUUUUAGUAAAGACAGUGUGUUUCCUUUAAUAAAUCAGCAUGGGCCAGGGCUGGAAGAAAAUUGAAGGAGGCCCAGGUUAAACACCCCGUCUAUCCACUCAUCUCAGACUUGCAGGGCGGUGAGCCUUCCUGCUACCAGGGCUGGGUGGGUGAGCCCACUCUGUGUAGAGUGGAGCUGCUGCCAGGCCUCUUCAUUGUUCUAGGGAGCAAAGCCUGCAAAAGUUUGGCCUAAGGGCUCUGAUUUGUGGUCAUACAGGAUAAAAAAGCCCAGGCGGAGCCGGCUUGGCUGAGGCCUGAGGAGAAAUGACAAGAAGCCUUGUUUCCAUGCCCUUCUUGGGCUGGGGCAUCUCAGGAAGAGUGAGGGCAACAAGUCACCCCUCAGGGAUCCUCACCUGCCUUCCCAUGUACCCAGACCCCAGGCCAAACCUUCCUGCAGAGAAGAGUGGGGCUUCUGUAUUGAAUGAGCUCUCAGGGGCUAUUGACCUAUGGAAGAGGGCCCCUGACUUGGCCAAGAGGAGAUGGGGAGCUGUAGAACAUCGGAUAAAUGUCAAUAAAUAAGUCAGAAAAGAUGACAUC